ACUAGUUUGGGAACUGCUCUUGUCGGAUAUGUUCAUAAUGUUUCCCCAGUUAAGCGUAACAAAAGGAACACAUUAAACUAUUCCACAUUUACAUUACAAGUGAGAGAAAAUUCAAUGCAUGAUGCAUUAUGUUAUUCAACAACAAAGCGAGCCAUCCUUGCUGAAAAAGAAGCCUCUCGAACCCCAAUUAAAAUUGCUCGCUUCACAAGAACUGCAGAUCACACAAAACUUGUGGUCAACGAUAUUACUCACGUGACAGCACCAAACAGCUUGGAAUGUCCAUUUCAGUUCUGUCAAAACCUGGACAACCAAACUACCACAACCUUGGAAAAGCUUGAUGAAGCACCAGAAGAUAAACUGACAAUCUUUUGCAAAGUCCUCAAACUUAGUGAAACAAAAGUUGUUGGGCGAGCCAAAUACAAUGUCGCCAACGCAACAAUAGCUGAUUACACAGGGCAAAUUACCUUAGAUGUGUGGAAUAACCUCAUUCCACAGAUUCAAGAAAAUAAAGUGUACAAAUUCACAAACCUCAGUGUGCGAUUUUGGAAUGGGGUACGAAAGUUGACAACCCCAACUAACAGUGUCGUCUUGGAAACACCAAAUCCACUACUGGAGGGUUUAGAAGUAGAAGACACCUCAAGCCCAUACCAAGAGACAACUCUACUACUUUCAAGAAUUGAAAGCAUUGAGUCAGUGGAAAAGUACAAGAUAUGUGGUCAUUGUGCAAAACGUAUUAUUCAAGUUCAAGGUCUGUUAGUUAACUGUGAUCACUGUUAUCAUAAACUCAGGGCAUCAAGCUGUCCAACAAAGCUCUCUGCAUCAAUAGUUGUGAAGAAUGAAAGCACCAAGCUUUACCUAUCAGUACGAGAUCAUGUAUUGCAACAGUUGUUAGGCCUUUAUGAUCCUGAUGACAUAGACACAAAUCACAUAGAAGAAAAACCUCUUUUCUUAGAGAACUGA